AUGUCACGGCUGCGUAACGAUCUCAACGACCUGAAGAACAUGGUUGAAGAGACGGUGUCGAUACAAGAGUAUACAACGAAAGUACUUCAACCGUUGUAUCACGUGCAGCAGCGUAUGCUAUUCAUCAACGACACGCAAGAUGAAAAAGACCGAAAAAUAUUGGAUGACCAGUUCACAGCGAUCUGUGUUGCCGAAUUUGAGGACCUGGUCACGCACUUCGAAAACAACGUAUUGACCAACUGCAAAAACGUCAAUAACGAGUUUGCCAUUCGGUUGAGGGAUACCUUGGCGGGGAUCAAAGCACCAACUGACGAAAAAGGCCGAAAGCAGAAACAAGCGAUCACGGAUUACAUGAUCGGGUGGGAAUCCAAAAAGGCAACACGCGUCCUCGAUGAAUUGAAACCGAUUGCAGAAAAACACACGGCGAUGAACUGGAAAACAGAGGAAACCUGGGAACGGCUUCACGAGGUUGUACAAAAAGCGGCCGAUGAUGGCGGGAGACCAAAGUCGCCAAUCGGGUGCGUCACCCUGACAGUGCUGUACACCAGAGAUUAUGGCCAGGAUGCCAUGACAGCAUGGCUCGAUUCCAUCCGGUCAACAAUGGUUACGAUCUUGAGCACCGCAGCUGUCUGCUAUCCACACACACUCGCGGAUCUGAAAUUGAUUCCUACCCAUCUCGACGAAUUGCAGAAGCGUUUGCAAAAUGUCGUAGCGGGGGUGUCAGAUUUGAUCAAGAGAGAAAUGGAUCAAAGUGCAGCCUUGGACAAUGUGUUACUUAAAAGCUGGAUCAAGGAGCGUGGCGAAAGAGAGACUCCUGCCGAGUGGGCGAAACGGACAAAGCAGCAUUUUGAUAACAUUGGCCCAUAUGAUUCAAAUACAACCUACAUCGUGGCCAGAAUGGGAGACAAUGAGACUGACUCAUCGGGAGGUCUAUAUAAUAAACUCCAAACCGUACCCCUGCAACAUGAACAUGAUGGAUGGAAGAUCGUCCUUUGGCGAAACCCGAAAACAAAAUGGGGCACCCAGGAGGAAACAGGCUUUGACACAUUGACGACGAACUUGACGAUUGGAACGGAAGGAAAACCAAAUGUUAGCGAAUUGGCUCGAAUUUUUCCAAACUAUUUCGUCGAAUGGCAUAGCCUCGAUAAUGAGUUUUCGGGCAACGUUGCGAUUCUGGAACCAGGCAAUAACAUCCUGGGAAGCUAUGACCUCACCACCCAUCAGCGCCUACAUUUCCGGAAGGACGCAGAUAACAGCUCCAAUAUCCUAUAUAGCUUCGUUGUCUUAAAUGUAUCUGGG